CUAUAGGAACAGAGAAGAGGAACCGGAAUGGAGCUUCACUCCUGUCAGCACUGUGACGAGGCCUUCUCAACAUCACAGUCUUUAAAGCGUCAUCAACGUAUUCACACUGGAGAGAAGCCGUACAGCUGUGACCAAUGUGACUCAGCUUUUAGACAUUUGGGGAAUCUAAAAGUCCAUCAAUGCAUUCACACUGGAGAGAAGCCGUACAGCUGUGAUCAGUGUGGUUCAGGUUUUCGACGUUUGCAGCAUCUAAAAGUCCAUCAGCGUAUUCACACUGGAGAGAAGCCGUACAGCUGUGAUCAGUGUGGUUCAGGUUUUAGAAGGUUGGAGCAUCUAAAAGUCCAUCAGCGUAUCCACACUGGAGAGAAGCCGUACAGCUGUGAUCAGUGUGGCUCAGGUUUUAGCGAGUUGGGGAGUCUAAAAGUCCAUCAACGUAUUCACACUGGAGAGAAGCCAUACAGCUGUGAUCGGUGUGGCUCAGCUUUUAGACAGUUGGGGAGUCUAAAAGUCCAUCAGCGUAUUCACACUGGAGAGAAGCCGUACAGCUGUGAUUGGUGUGGCUCAGCUUUUAGACAGUUGGGGACUCUAAAAGUCCAUCAGCGUAUUCACACUGGAGAGAAGCCGUACAGCUGUUAUCAGUGUGGCUCAGCUUUUCGAAGGUUGGAGCAUCUAAAAGUCCAUCAGCGUAUUCACACUGGUGUAGUGGUUAAAGCAAACUGAAUAUAAUCAUAAUAGUAUCAGAAUAUAGUUAAUAGUUAUUAAUAUAGUUAAUAGUUAAUAUUAGUAAAUCCACAACAUGUAGUAUGGUCAGGGUGAACUUUCUGCUCCUUGUACGAGUCUCUGCAAGGACAUCGGGCGCCAAACUUCCUGUUGUUUAGCACAGUGUGCAGGGGGUUCCCAACAAUAGAGAAGUGUAACCAGGGUGGGGGCCCGGUUGGACGUCAAGAUCUGGACAAUCACAGGAAGUGGGGAAUGGCCAUAUAGUUAGCUGCAGAGUUGAUCAGGUGCGUGUGUGAAGACCCGAGGGGAAGACUAGAACUGGUGACUGACAGCUUGACUUUCUCUGCAGAGGCCCAGACUGACACAGACUGGCAUUGGCGUGGUAGGAGCCGGUCAGAGGGGUCCGACACCUGGCAGUGGCUUCCUGGGCACAGAGCCGGCUUUUCACAAGUGGCCACUGAAAAAAGGUGGGUUGACUUUUUCAUAUAAUUGAUGAAUGGCUCUCUCUGUGCCUACGGAGUGCUGUGUUGAGUGAUGGUAGGUUAAUUUUUAAACCUAAACUUAUCUCCUGAUUGGUUUAUCCUUCAAGUAGCUGCGUGCAUUGGGGAAAAAAAAGAAAGAGGGAGAGAAAAGUGAAAGAGGGCUGGAGAUAGAAUCACCAGUACUGACUUUGACAUUGUAUAUAUGACUUAUCAACGCUUACUAAUUAUGUGACUGUGUGAUUGUGUUGGUUAUGGUUGUUGUUUUAUGAGUGAGAAAACUGCAGCCAAUUGGGUGUUAGAACUUAUGGUUUGGAGAAGCUAAAUGACAGACCGGUUUGGAGAAGCUAAAUUGUGAGCUAUAAAUAAUAAGAGUGUCUGGUAGGGAUUUAAAUAAAAAUGUUAUGAUACGGCUGCAAAGCAAGUUUUGUACUGCUAGUGGGUCUACAGCAGUUUGGAGCUCAAAGAGUAGUCACACUGUUUGGAGAAGCUAAAUCAUAUGUUAAGGUGACAGGUGAAAUUAUAAGAGUAUCUGUAAGAGCAGACAAUCUUGCGUCCUCAUAGUUACCUUUUCAGUUAAAUUUGUUUGGUGUACUUAACAGUUUGGAGAGUAAUAAAUUGAAGUAGUUUAACUGCGAGGGGUGUGACGCUAGGUCUCGGCUGGAGUGAUCAGCUGGUCCGAGCCUGGCCUGUCCUUAUGGGCACCGGUCAUACGGUUCCUGUUGGCCAAGUAUAGUGAAAGCCCACUUACAAGCGCUUGUAGAGUUUUAAAUAAAAGUCUGGACUUAAAGUGUGUGUUUGAAUACAGGCCUAUGUGUGUGUGUGUGUUGAGACAAACUCUUCUAGUGGUGAGAGAAGUGUAUGCGUAGGGUCAGAUGUGAGAGUGCUCUCUGGUUGUGCAUAUGUGUUGUAAAUUGCUCCAUGUUUUCUGAAAUGUGAAAAAGUUUGCUUAGAAAUGUAUAUUGUGUUAUACUGAAGGUUUAUACAAGCUAAAGAUACACUGAAAAUAUACUGUAUAUACAUUGUGUUAAACUGCGCAGUUUUGCUUUUGGGUGUGGUUUGCUCUGUGUGUGUGUAUGUGUGCAUGUAGCUCACUCUUCACAUGGGUGUUCACUGUGUGUGUGCGUGAAUGCGAGUAUUUUAACUGCGUAUGUAGAGGCGCGUGUGUGUUUUUUGGGUGUGGUAAAGGAGUCUGGUGUAUUGAUAACUGUAUAUUAUUACAUUCCUGUUGUUUUCAUUAUUAUGUUUCUGUUGUUGUCAUAAGUUCAGUAUUUGUGCAAUUUAUAUUUUAUAAGAUUUGUGUUUAGAGGUUUAUAAUCUUGCGGUUCUUUUUUGCUGUUGAUGUCAUGGUCUGCGGAGAGCGAG